UUUUCUGGCAGAUUCUAAGCGGAAUUGAAGCGUACCAUGAUAUCAAAGAAUUGAGAUUACCAGAUUUACAAUCUGCUGCAAUCAUUAUAAUUUCUCUUAUCUUAACAUUAUGCAUAAUGAUCAUCUCGAUUUGGGGUAUAUUACUGGUGAAAACGGAAAACAUAUUCAAAUUGCAAAUAUUAUUCUUUAGCCUUUUUGGAUUUAUUAUAUCCAAGUGCAUUUUAUGGAUAAUAGCAACUGAAUCAGAUAUAAGAUAUUUAACAAAUAUAUGGUUUAAAUUCACCGUACUUAAUGCUGUCGUCAGUAUGAUAAUAGUCAGUCUCCUGAUCCUAUCACGUAUGCUCAAUUGAAUGUGAAAUCUGUCAUUGAUAUAAAAAUACUCAACCAUGUGCAUAUGUCCGAGAGUUGCUUUGAAAUUGGUAUCAUUACUUUUGAUGCUCAUCCUUAUGAUAUUCUGUGCUACCGAUAUGGCCAUUUCAUAUGAAAAUAUCGAGAAAUCUGAAUCCAAAGUUACACUUUUGCUCAUCCUAUCCAUAUCGGUGAGUUUAUUUCUUUCGGUUGCUCUUCUGUUUGGUUUCUAUGCCGGGUUUCGGAAUAAAUAUGUAUUAUUGCAAGUGUUAGUUUUCGUUUUGGUUGCCUUCUCCCUGAGCAAAUUGAUAUUGUGGAUUAUCGCUGGUAAUUUAGUUCAGCAAUUGAAUGCCACUGGAUUAGUUAUACAUAUGUGGUUUCAACUUUCCAUAGUUACAUCGAUGGUGCUUAUAGUUUUUGUUACAUUAUAUUGCCUAAGACUUCAAGAUGAUGUGUAAAGAACUAUCGCAGAAGUAAAUAUUGUGUUAAACACUUUUAAAAUAUUGCAAACAUGGUUUCUAGUAAUUCAGCAA